AUGGGCUUGACGCGGGUUGUAAGGCGGGAAGAUAAGCCGAAGAAGAAGGACAACAAGUACUUCCACGAGCCUGGUGGUUCCGAUGAGCUUGGCCACUACGACGCACGCUAUUUCAAGGAGCAAGUCCCAUACGAGGCACAUCGUGCAGUUCUACGGCAUUUGAUCCGCAGUUACCUCACUGUAUUCCGCGCUAUUGGUGUCGAGACAUGGCUCGCCCACGGCACUCUGCUUGGCUGGUGGUGGAACGGCCGCAUCAUGCCAUGGGACUACGAUCUUGAUGUUCAAGUCAGCAGUGCAACGCUAUACUACCUGGGCAAGCACCACAACCAGACGAGGCACGAGUAUCGUUAUGUCGAUGAAGCUACCGGCAAGGAGGAAAAGAAGGAAUACCUGUUGGACAUUAACCCGCACCACGUUGAGCUGACUCGAGGUGACGGCCAGAACAUCAUUGAUGCUCGUUGGAUCGACCUAAGCAAUGGCGCAUUCAUCGAUAUUACUGGAUUGGCCGAACGGGAACCCGAAAAGAAUCCUGGAGUCUGGAGCUGCAAAAAUUAUCACAGAUACAAUACUCGUGAUCUGUAUCCCAUGCGUGAGAGCGAGUUUGAGGGCGUUCCGGCUACGAUACCGUACAGUUUCGACCGCAUCUUGACUGACGAGUACGGCCUGAAGAGCUUGGUGACUACCGAAUGGAAAGAUCAUCGCUGGGAGCCUGAACUGAAGGAAUGGAUCAAGGUCGCGAAACCCGAAGAACAGAAACCCGUUGAAGGCGACAAGAAGAACGGCAAAUAG